UCGGCGGAGGAAACUACAACCAACCAAAUAAUCAUGGCGUCAAAUGCGAGUAAAACGUCGAAAGGAAAAUCACAAGAACAGAUUAUUGCUGGUUUUCAAGAAUUAAGGCAACAACAAAGAAUGUUAGCCUCAAAAAUAUCUGAAAUAGAAAUGGAUAUGAAAGAGCACGAGCUUGUAGCUGAGACUCUGAAAGAAGUGGAUGCCAAUAGGAAGUGCUACAGAAUGGUGGGUGGCGUGCUCGUGGAGCGCACAGUCAGUGAUGUGUUACCUGCUCUAAUCAACAACAAAGAACAGAUGGCUAAACUAAUUGAGUCUUUUAAGAAGAAGUUAGAAGCAAAAGGUGCAGAUAUCAACAAAUACCGAGAAACCCAUGAUGUUAAAAUCCGCGGCGAGGAGUCGCGAGAAACUACGGAUCAGCAGAAGGAAUCGAAACCCGGAGGCGUGUUAGUGGCCAACGAUUCCUAGUAUGAUAUUGUUAACGCUAGUAGUGACCUUUUGUAUUUUACACAAUUUAUCACUUCACCAGUGUCAUCGCAUUUCAUCUAUUGUUUAAGACAAUUCAGAGUCUCGGUACGGUGGGAAGGUGAUUGUUUUCAUGACGCGGUAUGUUGCAAGAGAUGGUGUGACUUAUUUAACUGUUCUAUCAAUCCUGUAAAUACAUUUGAUUUUGUUUAUUCUUCGUUUUCGAAGGAUUUUGAAUAAAGCUUUGUGACAAAUUGCAUCUACUGGAUAUUAAACCAGUCACUUUGUGAA